AACCAGAGAGAGGAGGUACUGAAGGCCGACUAAACCAGCUGCAACGGGGUAUCAGCCCAAAGGCGUCCUGGAGGAGCACACAGAACUUCAAGGAAGGAGCAGAAUAAGUAGCAGUCAGAGAAAACAUUCCUAAGAGGCAGUGGCCGGUUUAACAUGGAUCGCUAAAAGCAUCUCCUCCUAUGAUCUGGAUGCUCAGGGAGACUUGGCUUCUCUGAGUCUCCUCCAGGACACAGAUUCACAGAGUUCACGCCAGGGACUGCCACUGACAGAGGGUUUGGAAAUGGCAAAAACUUAUGUGAAACCCAAGGAGAUGACAGAGUUGGUCAACACAGCAUCCUGGAUGGACAAGGGUCUGGGGUCUCAGAAUGAGAUGAAGGAGGAGGAGAGAAGACCAGCUGCUUAUGGGCUGCUUGGCAGCUUGGCUGAAGAGCAUGACAGUAUUGAGGAGGAAGAAGAGGAGGACGAGGAUGGGGAGAAGCCCAAGAGAAGAGGUCCCAAGAAAAAGAAAAUGACGAAAGCACGCCUUGAGAGAUUCAGGGCUCGAAGAGUCAAGGCUAACGCUAGAGAACGGACCCGGAUGCAUGGCCUGAACGAUGCUCUGGACAACCUGAGGAGGGUCAUGCCAUGCUACUCUAAGACCCAAAAGCUCUCCAAGAUAGAGACUCUUAGACUGGCCAGGAACUAUAUUUGGGCUUUGUCUGAGGUCCUGGAAACUGGACAAACACCUGAAGGAAAGGGCUUCGUGGAGAUGCUCUGCAAAGGGCUCUCUCAGCCCACAAGCAACCUGGUGGCUGGGUGCCUCCAGCUGGGCUCUCAGUCUGUCCUCCUGGAGAAGCAUGAGGAGAAAUCUCCUAUUUGUGACUCUGCCAUCUCUGUCCACAACUUCAACUAUCAGUCCCCUGGGCUCCCCAGCCCUCCUUAUGGCCACAUGGAAACACAUCUUAUUAAUCUCAAACCCCCUGUGUUCAAGAGUUUGGGAGAAUCAUCCUUUGGGAGCCAUCCACCUGAUUGCAGUACACCACCUUAUGAAGGCCCACUUACUCCACCUCUGAGCAUCAGUGGGAACUUCUCCUUGAAGCAAGAUGGCUCCCCUGACCUGGAUAAAUCCUACAGCUUCAUGCCACAUUACCCUUCUGCAAGUCUAAGCUCAGGGCAUGUGCAUUCAACCCCCUUUCAGGCUGGUGUCCCCCGCUAUGAUGUUCCCAUAGAUAUGUCCUAUGAUUCCUACCCCCACCAUGGCAUUGGAGCCCAACUCAAUACAAUCUUCACUGAUUAGGGCAGUAAGGCCAACAUUUCAAAGCAUGAUGUGGACACACAGCCCAUAACUCAAGUGGUUGAGCUGAAGAUUCAGCAACCUUAA